AUGACUCGAAGACCCGUGGUGACCGGCGUGCGGGCCCGACCGAGACUGCGCCGCGACGAUCAGGUGGUGGUCAUAGCUGGCAAGGAGCGGGGCAAGACCGGCCGCGUCCUGCGCAUAGACAUCAAGCGGCAGCAGGUUGUCUUGGAAGGGCUCAAUCUGGUGAAGAAGGCGAUGCGACCCACCCAGCAGCGGCAGCAGGGGGGUAUCUCCGAAAUCGAGGCUCCCAUCCACCUGUCGAACGUGAUGGUGACCACGCGGGACGGCCGCUCGAGGAUCCGCUAUGACGCGGCCGGUGACGGCAAGCGGCGUAUCGCCUCACGCACGGGGCAGGAACUGUGA